AUGGAAGGAUUAGCGGAAUCGACUGCGGAAUUAUCACUAAAGCAAGAUGACGCCAAAGUAUAUUUUGAACUGAAUCGGAAUCCUUCGAAUCAGUAUGACACCAGUGGAUCACUGAAUAUGACGGUGGUAGCCAAAAAAGCACGGGAUCAGAUGAAGAUUUAUAGUAACGAACUGAAAAAGAAAGAAGUGUGGGAGAAGCGAUUUUAG